UAAAAACACCGAGCCCGUGGAUAGCUCCCAUUCCUUGUGAUCUCGAUCAGUUGUAUGAAAAAAAUUCUCGGCCAGAAUGGAAGAGGAUCCGGUGGAAGUGCUGGAGCGCACUUUUAUAUUCGACCCGAUCGGUUUCGGGUACAUCAACAUGUCCCACGGAAUGCUGGUGGAGAUCUCCGAGGAGCUUCGUGCGAAGUUCCCUAAAGAACCGCGUCUGCAGUUCUCCCAGCUGAACAACCUUCACCUGGCGUCCCGAAGUGGCGAGAUUUUGAGAUUCGUCGAGAUUCUGAACUCCGUUGGCGGCCGGGCGAUGCAGUCCCACCUGGUCAAUACAAAUUUCGAUCAGCCAGAUGGACAAUCGCUGACCCCGUUAACGAUGGCCGCGAUGUCGGGAAAUGUGAAAUUUGUCAAGACCCUGCUAUCGCACUACGAUGUGGACUUGGAGCGGGAGUGCAAUGUCAUCUUUGACGGAAUGGUGGUCUACGGCGCCACUGCCCUGUGGGUGGCUGCCGGAAUGGGGCAUCUGCCGAUUGUCAAGAUGCUCGUCCAAGCGGGAGCGGCCAUCAAUCACAACACCAAGGCGCAGUCGUCGCCGCUGAGAGCUGCCUGCUAUGAGGGUCGCUUGGACAUCGUCGAAUUCCUCAUACAUAAUGGAGCUGACGUAAAUGCCACGAAUUUGUUCAACAACAACACGCUUAUGAUUGCCGCCUACAAGGGUCACCACCUGGUGGUAAACACCCUGCUUCAGAAUGGAUCUAGGGCCAAUGAUCAGGCCCUGUGUGGAGCCACUGCCUUGCACUAUGCGGCGGAGAGCGGGCACCUGGAUGUGGUGGUGACUCUGCUGGAUCAUGGAGCCACUCUUAAAAAGAAUGAACUGGGAAUCACACCCGCCCUGCAGGCAGCUGAGCGACUCAAUGAGGAUGUUCUCGAGGCAUUUAUCCAGCGGCCAGGACUGAUGAGCUUAGAGGAGCAGAUCACAGCAUUGGAGCUAAUGGGAGCCACCUAUGCGAAUGACAAAACCAAAUACGAUGUGAAUAAGGCGUACAGCUAUCUGCUGAGGGCCAUGCAGCUGCGUUACAGCAAUCCACGCGGUGUGAUUCGCAAGAAAGUUCAGCCCACGGUGCCCGCCUACGACAAUUGGUUCGAGACUGAAAACCUGCCCGAACUGUAUGCCAUCAAACUGAAUCACCACUCCAUUCACAUGGAAUCGCUGGCCAUAAGGGAGCGUAUACUGGGUCGCAACAAUCCGGAGUUGCCUCAGGCAAUCAUCUAUCGCGGAGCUGUGAUGGCGGACCAAGGCAGAUUCUACCAGUGCCAGGUGCUUUGGAACUACGCCAUAGAUCUACGAAUGCGUAAUAAUGUUUCGGUGGAUCGCGAUCUCUUACGUUUUGCCCAGCUAUUCGCUCAGAUUUUGCGGGUAGAGACCCACAACCUUACGUUGGACCACGUUCUGCCGGUUUUGGCCAAGUGCCAGCAGGAGAUCGAGAACAAUAAGUUUAAAAUUAAGGAAGCCAAGCCGAACACUUGCCCCAGACUGUGGCAGGAUCAGAACAAUCAGAACUGCAUUACGGCGCUGUAUCUGAUCAAGAUCGUUACCCAUUUGGCGCGACGCAAAAAUGACCAGCACAUUGACGAGGAGCACAUUCAGCAGCUGUUCCUGGUGGUGCGCAAGUUCAUACAGAACGACACUCGUCUGCAGGACGGACAGACAUUGCUGCACAUCGCAGUCAACGGAGUGAUGCCGGUGGAUGAGUUCUACACCAAUGAAAUGUGCCGAUUCCCCUGCUAUGCAACUGCUUUGGUUCUGGUUCACUGCGGCGCCUCUGUGGUAGCCGUAGAUGCGGCUAGGAACACCCCGCUGCACAUCCUAGUCACCAAGAUAAAUACCGCCCAGGAUCGCCAGGCGGAGAUGGCGCGCAUCCUGCAACUGUUCGUGGAGGCAGGAGCCCACUUGGACGCGGUUAAUGCGGCGGGACAGACAGCGGCCAUGGCCUGCAAGCAACCUCUCUUGGCCAAUCGGCUGCACGCCCAUCAGAAUGCCCACACCAGCCUCAAGUGCCUGGCUGCCCGCACCAUCGCCACCAAUCGGCUGAACUUCAAGGGUCUGAUACCCACGCAACUGGAGGCCUUCAUACAAAUGCACAGCGUGCACAAGGUGCUCCCGUAGAUUGCCAACGGCAUGAACCGCAACUGAAGUAAUUAGAACUGUGAAUACACUGGGCCACGUGGGAACACAUUUAUGUAUCAAUAUGUACAAGCUUGGGUGUCUGUAUGUACGAGAUAUAUAUCGAAUUUAGCGACUUAAUUUAGCCAAAAGAAUGCAAAGGAAAAUGUUUUAUUUUUUUUUACACAUUUUAUUUAAUAUUUUUCACUCUUAGUUUAUUUACAAUUACAAUCUGUAACAACUGCACACGUGGACUGACUGUUUGUUUGUAAUCAUUAAUCAUAACCAUACCUAUGUAAAAUCAUUUUGUACAUUUUUUAUGUAAAACUAUUAUUCGCUGUGCAAGAGGGCGCAGGCCACCUAAGUUGAAUCAAUCGAAUUGAUUAUGUUUUUUGGGUGCAAGAGAAAUAAAAGAACAAACCAAAAAGAAUUUAAUCACA